UUUAUUGACAGAGGGCGUUUAGGGCCGGGAAUGAGAAACUAACUAAGUCGCACCCAUUAGGUUGGGUUUAGACCGAACGAGAAAAAUUGUCCCAAGUCACUGAAACUGAAAAAUAAGAAACUAGGUAUGACGAUGACUGUCUUCAACCAUUGGAUGUGAAAUCCUAAAGAACAUCUUCAUCCAAAAAAUGGCAUCAGAUGGUGGUCCAUAUCUUGUAAAGGCUGUUUAUAACUUCAAAGGUUCAAAUAAUGAUGAGUUAAACUUCAUAAAAGGUGACAUAAUCACUGUGACCCAGAUUGUUGAAGGAGGUUGGUGGGAAGGAACAUUGAAAGGAGUAACAGGAUGGUUUCCUAGCAACUAUGUAAGAGAGUAUAAGCCAGAUUCUUCUAGAAACUCCAAAAGACCAGUUUCUAAAUAUACAGACUUUGCUUUGUCUGUUCGUCAAGAAAAUUUUGGUCGAUACAGAGAAGUGGUGUUUAAAGACAUUGUUGAUUCAGAAACUAAUCAUGUUCGAGAACUCCAAAACUUGAUGAAACAAUUUCUUCAACCUUUACAGACUAGUGAUAUAUUAAAUGAAAAGGAAUUUGCCACACUCUUAGGAAAUUUAGAUGAAAUAGUGGAUUGUCAUGGAACAUUACUGGAUGAACUUGAAAGCCUGAAAGAAAAAAAUACCAAAGAUCAGCGAAUAGGGGGUGUGUUCAUGCAUUCUGCUGCUCAUCUGAAGGUAGUCCAUUUAAACUAUUGUGCUAAUCAUCCUAAAGCUGUUACUGUGAUUGAAAAACAUAAAGCUGAAAAGAACAGAAAAGGAGCUUUUGAAAGUCAUGUUGAUAGAGGAGAUGCCCAGCGAGCCAUAUCAGUUUACAAAGAAAUAGCUGAUUCCUGUUUAGCCAUGAGAAGACAGAAAAAAAUGGAGCUAGAGGUAUUGUUAGGAAAUAUUCGAGGAUGGAAAGAAGAUGUAAAUAAAUUAGGAGAAAUCAUCAACAUGGGACCUGUAAUUAUUGUUACUGAAACUCAAGAACGUAAAGACAGAUACUUUGUUCUUUUUCCUCGCACUCUAGUCAUGCUGUCUGUGAGUUCACGUAUGAGUGCCUUCAAUUAUGAAGGAAAAAUUCCUCUUUCCGGUAUUGAUGUCAAUAAACUUGAAGCUAGUGAUGGAUUUCAGAAUGCAUUUAUAAUCACAGGGAAAAUGAUCCAGAGGAUAGUAGUAGUGUGCCACAGUGGAGAUUCCCUGGAACAUUGGGUACAGCUGUUACAACAACAGCUUUCUGUUUGUCAGCUCCCUGAUGGAGUUGCUAUUCCACGAAACUCAUCUAGGGGCCCUCACACACAUAGUAGUCCCUCUCAUAUUUCUCAACUUCAUAUCACAAUAUCUCAGGGUCAAGCGUGUCAUUCACUCCCUUCUCAGCCUCCUCCUCUACCACAUCAAGGUGCUGGAUCAUCAUGCACAGGGACAACAACAGUUAAUGACAUUAAAGUUACUCCAACAACAGCUAGCCAAAGUGUUUCAGGUGUAGGUAGAGUGUGGAAGAUGUGGAGCUUAAAGCCUCACCCACCAAUGCGACCAUGUCUAGGACUGUCAGCCAAAGAUGAGGUCAUUUUAAGGAGGGCCAAGGCAGGACGUAAAGAAAAAAUAGAGGAAGAUAAAAAUUAUGAAGGUGACAUGAAGAUAUUACAAGUGAUAGAAGCUUACUGUACUAGUGCAAAAGCAAGAUAUACUGUGAAUUCAGUGGACCUUCGUCAUUUAAUGGCUUUACAUAGUCAGGGUGGGUGGGUGAAUGGCCAAGACUCUGAUGAUUAUGUUUUGCUGGAUAGCCCUCAGGUGUUGAUUGCUGAAGAAGAGAAGAUAAUAGUAGAAGAAACGAAUGGCACAACUACAGUAGUAGAAGAAAAGAGCCUUGUUGAUACAGUAUAUGCUUUGAAAGAUCAAGUAAAGGAAUUAAAAGCUGAAACAAGUGCUUUAUCUAAAGGACUAGAAGAAGAGCGUAAAGCACGAAAAAAACUUGAAAUGUUACUAAGAAAACAUCAUUUUGUUGGGAGAGAAGAAUUAUUUACUGGUGUUCUUGAAGAUUAAGUUUCAAUGUGUGGGAUUUCCAUUCAUGUUUUAAAUUAUGAUACAAGAAUUAGAAUUUGGGAAUUUUGAGUUGCAACUAUCAUUUUGGUAAAUGUAUAAAAGUUGUCAUAAUGAAUCUUUUUUUUUAAUUAAAAACAUACAGCAUUAACUGAAUAUUUUAUUUAUAUCAACAUUUUAAAAUAAAAUGCUUAGACUGAUCCCCCAGAUAGUUGAUCUAGUGUUUUUUGACACACAAUUUUUAUGUUACUAAUCAUAUUGAACUUCAUUUCAAUUCUUUAGGUCUAAAAAAUAGGAAAAGAAAAAAUCUAAUGUUUACAUUGAUAUCAUUCUGUGCCUAAAUUAAACAAACCGUUAAAAACCCAGCAUGACUAAAAACUACAAUAUUUCUCAAUUUUUGGGGUUACUUUACCUGGAUGCCUAGCCACACUUAAUCUAUUUUUUGUCUUGUUUUGCACUGAAAUAGGGUUAUAUGAAGUCCCAACGAAUUAGGGGCAGGCUAAACUCACUUAGCUAUGGUUGACUGUGAAAAGAAAUUGUUCAUGGUAGAAAUACAUUUUUAGAUCUGUUGGCUUCCAUGGCAUAAAUAUGAUGUUUAAGAUUGAAUGUCAGUGGAAUAUGAUUUAUUGUUUAACACUUUGUUUCAAAUAAUCAAAGCUAUGUUAAAAUACUAAAUAUGUUUACUUUAGGCUAGAAGUCUGGGUGUUUUGUGCCAAUAUCAGCUACAUUCAUAUUGACUUGGUACAGAAUUAUUAGUAGUAUAAUUUAUACACACACACAUUAUAUCACCUACCAUAGGCUGGUUAUUAGUAGAGGCAGAUAUGACCCAAUCACUUUUAUAAAGGAAAAGUUUUCUUUUUCAGUGUUUUACAAGCUUUCAAGAGAAGAAAAUAAAAACUAGUUGUAGCUUCAGAAUUUAUUUCUUGCACAGCAAUUUUUAUCUUUUUUUACAUGUUGAUGGUCUUUUGAAAUUUUAAAAGUAGUUAUCAUGUUAUCUUUUCAGAAGUCAAAGCUUCUGUUUUGUAGUGUUAAUUGGACACUUUUUUUUUUACCACAGAAAUAUUCAGCUAAUGCACAGUCCUAUUUUCAGGCUGGUAUUCAUUUGAAACUUAACCUUUAAAUUCUUCUGCAAAUGAACAGUCUUACUUUGACACUGAUAUGUUCAAAGAAAUGCCAAAUUCUCCUUUUGGAGAUUACAGUGGUGAUGGUGUAAAAAUAAAUAUUAUUUCUCUUAGAUGAUAAUUUAGACUUCAGAAGUUGGUACAUGUCAUAGUUGUACACACAUAUAUACAUAAUGUAUAUGUAUACUGAUAAAAUCAUGUGAAGCUCAUUCCUGAUUAUGGUUAUAUCAACAUGUUUAAUUUUGGUUUAUUGAUCUCUGGAAAAUGCAAACUCCAAAACUGUAUUGUGUGGUUAGGCUUGAGGAAUUCAUAUAGAUAAAUGUCAUGUAAAAUGAUUGAGAAGUUACUAGGAACUUGGUUGGAGUUUUUUUUUUAUCUUUAUAAACACUAAAAUUGUGUUUUCCAUAGUAAAGUGGCACUUUUACAAUGAUUUAAUGUUUUUUUGAGAAAGUCUAAAGAUAUCAAGUGAAAAAAUGUGAUCAUUAACUAGAAAUAUUUUAGAUUUUCAUGUAGAUAACUUUUAAAUAAAACGUAUCUUGAAAUAAGCUAUGUAAAUGAAAGUGUUUACUAGUGUGAUUUUAGAAAUAAGCUGUACUCUGAAUUGUUGAACAUUUGUAAUGGGACAUAUUUUUGAUACAGUGGUUAAGAUGCCUUAAUAUGUUGAAGUUUAGGGAAUAUAGGAGAAAGGUGGCUUACAUUUGAAAGAAUUUUUUAGUAAGUAAAUGUGAACACUACAAAUUAUGAGAAUAGAAUAUUUAUAUCAAGUAAAUCAUUACAAAUAAUUCUCUCAUUAGAUUGUGUGUUGGUUUCAAGAGUUAUUUGUGUGAAUACUGUUUAUAUAAAUGUAUUCUACUUUGUUCAAAACAAUAAGAAAAGUAAGUGAAAAGUAGUUGUUGACCUAGGUUUUUUAUCAAGGUGAAAGAUUCACCCUUUCUAGAGUUAAAACUGUUUACUUUAAAGAUGAUAAAAACUGUAAAAGUGCUUAAAUAUCAUAGUGUAUUACUACACUCAAGUAUGAGAAUCAAUCAAAAAUAUUAGUUGAAGUAGGAUGAGAUAAAACUGGUAGAACACACAGCCUAUUUAGAACAUAUGAAAGAUUAUCAGUUACUUCAUCAGAACAGAAAAGUUUUGAAUCACAUAGUCAAUUGCUCAUUGAAAAACUGAUAGAUAGUACAAAUAUAAAAGAUGGAGUAAUAUGUUAUAGUAAUUCUAUUUGUAAUGUACCAAAAAUAUUCCCAAUAAAACUUGCUUCCUCUUGGAUUUAUUUAAUUUGGUGGGAAUAAUAGGAACAAGUUAUUUUAAAUUAACUUCUACUUGAUGCUAAUGUGAAGGAGACAAGAUCGUGUUUCUACUGUUGUGUAUGUAGUCCAAAAGAUAGUUUCCUAAUUACUGAAUAUUCAAUUACACUCUCGCCCAUCUAGAAAAUAUGUACAGUUUUAUCUACAUAUUUGGUCAGUCUGUUUAUACAGUAUUUAAUUGCAUCUUUCUUUGUUUAAUCUACGAGUUGUUAAUGGUGUUUGACUCUUUUCAAGUGUAUUCUGCCCACCUAGUUUAAAAUAAAUAGGGCUGUUGCUAAUCAUUUCUCUUUCUACUCGCAAAUAGAAUACAACCAGAAUGAUAUUUUCCUGCAUUUUUAAGUUUUUAGUGGUGUGUGUGUGUAUAUAUAUAUUUGAAAGUAUGACUGAAGUAUAGCUACUAGUGACAUGAAAGAUAUCUUGGUUUCAGAAGGAUAAGGCACGGAAAUUAAAUAUAUUGUAAUGUUGAUAAAACCAAUCAUUCCUAUAUUAUAGAAAUCCAUGUGGAAGUUAAAUUUUGAAAUAAUGCACAAGUGUUGUUUUUUUCUUGCAAAUGACCAUAAUCAGAAGGUUCUGUAAUAAUAAACAAAGGUGUUUGUGCCUCACAUGGAGUAUAAGCAUGUUAUAGCAAUAAAAAUGUCAUGGAUACAUUUAUUGUUUGUAAAUAUUUAGCUUUUUCUGUUUUUAUUAAAAGGAGACAGAGUUCUAGAUUCCUUGACAUGAGUGCUCAAAUUUUUAAAUGAAACAUUAAAAAUGUGGCUUACAUAAAUUGGAAGUUGUUUUCAAGUAAACAAUAACUUGUCUUCCAUAUUUCAUAUCUGGAAAAGCAUGGUAAAGUUGUUAAAAAGAAUAAUUUCACUUUUGGGGUGUUUGUAUUAAACAAAACAUUGUUGAGCAUAUGACAGAAAUUUUAAACAGAUUAUUACCAAACUAGUGUUCUUAGAAAUGUUUUAGAUUUUUUCAAGUACAAAGUUUGUCUGGAAAUGAAUGUUUUAAGCUUAUUCUAGUAAAUUUAGAUGUUAUGAUAAAUUAGGCAUUUUCCAUUAUAUGCCAUUUUGAAACAACAAUACACACAUUACAUUUUAAAAAUAGCUUUGAUAUUUCAAUUUUUAUGUAUUAUGUUUAGAAUUGUGAAUUUCUUUCAUAGGUAAUUUAUUAUGAAAGAUUUUGGUGCCAUUUGUGCAGCAGUCACAAGUGUGAAAAGUUUUAACUAGAACUUCUACGAUAGUACAGUUAUGAUGAUGAUAAACAGUAUGAAAUGCAUGUACACCCUGUACAAUGUAUAUCUUCUUUUUUAGAUUGUUGAGCAGCUGUGUGAGGAUUGUCUUGUUUAAUAUUGUAGUUAGAAGAUUGUAAAUUAAAUUCUAUACUUACAUUAUUGGAGGUUGAAUACUUUCAAAGCUCAUGUUUAGUUGUAAAGAAUUCUGAUUUCUAUAUAGUGUUUCCUUCAGUUGUACAUAAAGAUCAUUAAAAAAGAGUUCUAAUUUUUGUGA